AAUUCCAUGUAAUAUUAUUUAUUAUAUACUUUGUUAUUUUCUCAAGAUUUAUGUAUGUAUUUAUAAUAAUGCCGCUAUUAGCCGGCUGAACUUCCUAAUCUUGGACAAUUAACAACCUAUAAAUAGGUCCUUAGAUAAACAACAAAUUCAAAUCAUAUAUAUAAUAAUAACUUUCAAAAAUAUUCUACAAAUAGUUAAUUUUCAAAAAAAAAUUCUCAAUGGCCUCAACAAGUUUGUUAAUUGCACUUUUUGUUUUUGUUGUUGCCAUGGUUGCUGGUCCAGCAAUGGCAACUGAACAUUGGGUUGGUGAUGAUCAAGGUUGGAAGCUGGACUUUAAUUACACAACUUGGGCUGCCACCAAAGAAUUUCAUGUUGGAGAUAAGCUUAUAUUCAAGUACAAGAAAGACGCGCACAACGUGUAUAAAGCAGAUCAAGAAGCCUUCAAAAGUUGCACACCAAGUAGUGAUGUUACACCUUUAACUUCUGGAAAUGAUGUGAUUACUCUCACUUCACCAGGGAAAAAAUGGUACAUUUGUGGAAUUGGCAAACAUUGCGAAAAGGGAGUGAAACUUGCUAUCAAUGUUUUGGCAGCUGAAUCUGGAGCUCCUUCUCCUUCGCCUUCUUCGCCUAGUGGUCCUGCUUCUUCGUCUGCUUCUUGGAUUUCUCCUGAUUCCAAGUUCGUUGCUGUGGUUGCUGCUGCAUUCGCCAUGUUUGUCGUGAUCAUGACUUGAGGAUUAAUGAAUUAGUUCGCGCUUUUUUGGGUCGUAUGGAUCUUCUGAUGAUCAUAUAUCAAUUUGUUGUGUUAUUUGUUUUCACAUUCAAUAAUUUAGAUAUUUGAGGCAAUCAGGAGUAUUAUCUGAGGCUCCUGGAUGUAUGUUAUUUCUUUUGCAUUACUUGUGUUACCCAACAUUUGUUUAUGUCCAAGAUUCAUCAGUGCUAUGUGUUAAUUAACCAUUGUGCAACAUUAGAAUUGAAACAUGUAA